UAAUUUAGUUUUUUUUUAAUUUCACAUAAUUGUUUUUUUUAUUUUUGUUCAUACCGUCCCCCUAUCCCUCUGUCCAUAACUUGUCUCCAUAACACUUAUCUCCAUUUCUUAAAUGUUUAUAUAAACCUCAUUUCUCAUUUCUGUUUUCUCUCACUCAUCACACCAAACACAAUCACUUCAUUCUCUCUCUACACUUCAUAGGAUAAAAAUAUAUUUCUUACAUAAGUUAAGUGACAGUUAUGUCUAGCAGAAGAUCUCGUUCGAGACAGUCGGGAGCUUCCAGAAUAAGCGAUGAUCAGAUAGCCGAUCUCGUGUCCAAAUUGCAGCAACUUAUUCCCGAGAUCCGUAACAGGCGCUCCGACAAGGUUUCGGGUUCGAAAGUGUUGCAAGAGACGUGUAACUACAUAAAGAACUUACACCGAGAGGUGGAUGAUUUGAGCGAUAGGUUAUCGGAGCUUCUCGAAUCGACGGACAGUAACAGUGCUCAAGCAGCCAUAAUUAGGAGUUUGCUGAUGUGAUUAAUUAAUUAUAAUAAUGUAAUAUAGAAAGCUUAAUUAUAAUUAAUUAAUUAGAUUAAUUAUAUGCUUUUGUACUUUUCGCUUUUAAUUAUUCCUUCAUCAUUGUCUAGGGUUUGCUCAGUACUAUAUUUGGCCAACUUAGGACUUUCAACUUUUUUUUAAAUAUUAUUAUAUAUUUCGCGUCA